AUGGCGGAAAAGCAGGAUCUCGAGAACGGCGACCCAAAGCGCGAAAGAAUCUCCUUCGCCGACGGAUGGGAUCCCGACAAGGACGAGGGCGAGUAUGCCAACCUCAUUCGAUUCAUUUCCACGUACCGCGACCGUCGCUUUUCCAAAGCUCCUUCUCAGGUUUCCGGCGACGAUGCCGGAGACGCCACGACGAAGAAACAACCAUGGUACAAGAAGAUGUUCGGUAUCUCUGCUGGUAUCGGCGACCUCUACCAGGUACCAGAGGAGUGGCUGCAAACCGACAUCCGCACGGGCUUGUCAUCAGCUGAGGUUGAGGCACGACGCAAGAAGGCUGGCUUCAAUGAGUUGACCACGGAGAAAGAGAACAUGUUCAUCAAGUUCAUCGGCUACUUCAGAGGACCUAUUCUUUACGUCAUGGAACUUGCCGUCCUUUUGGCUGCCGGUCUGCGUGACUGGAUCGAUUUCGGUGUCAUUAUCGGUAUCCUGAUGCUCAACGCCGUCGUCGGUUGGUAUCAAGAAAAGCAAGCCGCCGAUGUCGUGGCUAGUUUGAAGGGUGACAUCGCCAUGAAGGCUGAAGUUAUGCGUGAUGGUAGAAUCCAGGAGAUCAAGGCCCGUGAACUUGUGCCUGGUGACAUUCUCAUUCUCGAGGAAGGUUCCGUUGUUGCCGGUGAAUGCCGUUUGAUCUGUGACUUCGACAACCCAGCUGGGUUCGAGGAGUACAAGGAGAUGAUGACCGACCCCGAAGGAUAUCACUCCAAGAACCACACGGACUCUGAUGACGACGAGGAGCACCACGUUGGUAGCUCGAUUGUUGCCACCGAUCAGUCUGCCAUCACCGGAGAGUCUCUGGCUGUCGACAAGUACAUGGGUGACAUCUGCUACUACACCACUGGCUGCAAGCGAGGCAAGGCCUACGCCGUUGUCACCGAGUCCGCUCGUGGCUCUUUCGUCGGCAAGACUGCAUCCCUCGUGCAAGGUGCCAAGGAUUCCGGUCAUUUCAAGGCCAUCAUGGACUCCAUCGGUACGGCUCUGCUCGUUCUCGUCGUGUUCUUCAUUCUCGCCGCUUGGGUUGGUGGUUUCUUCCAUCACAUCAAGAUCGCUACGCCGGAGGACAGCUCAGUCAACUUGCUUCAUUACGCCCUUAUUCUCCUCAUCAUCGGUGUUCCCGUCGGUCUUCCUGUCGUCACCACCACCACCCUGGCUGUCGGAGCUGCUUAUCUCGCUAAGCAAAAGGCCAUUGUCCAGAAGCUGACUGCCAUCGAGUCUCUGGCUGGUGUCGAUGUCCUCUGCUCGGACAAGACUGGUACCUUGACUGCCAACCAACUUACUAUUCGUGAACCCUACGUCGCCGAGGGUGAAGAUGUCAACUGGCUGAUGGCUUCUGCUGCUUUGGCUUCCUCCCACAACCUCAAGAAUCUCGACCCUAUCGACAAGAUCACCAUCCUGACCCUGAAGAGAUACCCGAAGGCUCGUGAGAUUCUGCAACAAGGCUGGAAGACUGAGAAGUUCCUGCCCUUCGACCCUGUCUCGAAGCGUAUCACCACCAUUUGCACGCUCAAGGGUGAGCGAUGGAUGUUCUGCAAGGGUGCACCAAAGGCUGUCUUGUCCAUUGCCGAGUGCGAUGAAGCCACUGCCAAGCACUACCGUGACACCGCCGCCGAGUUCGCUCGUCGUGGUUUCCGAUCUCUCGGUGUUGCCUCCAAGCGCGGUGAUGAACCAUGGAAGAUCAUUGGCAUGUUGCCCAUGUUCGACCCCCCUCGUGAGGAUACCGCGCACACAAUCCUGGAGGCCCAGAACCUUGGUCUCAGUGUCAAGAUGUUGACUGGUGACGCCAUCGCCAUCGCCAAGGAAACUUGUAAACAACUCGCGCUUGGUACCAAGGUCUAUAACUCGCAACGUCUCAUCGCUGGCGGUGUCACCGGUGCUACUCAGUAUGAUCUGGUCGAGCAGGCUGAUGGUUUUGCCGAAGUCUUCCCAGAGCACAAGUACCAGGUCGUGGAGAUGCUUCAACAACGUGGUCACUUGACUGCCAUGACUGGUGACGGUGUCAACGAUGCUCCAUCUCUGAAGAAGUCUGACUGUGGUAUUGCUGUCGAAGGUGCCACCGAAGCCGCUCAAGCCGCUGCCGAUAUCGUUUUCCUUGCCCCUGGUCUCAGCACCAUCGUGGAUGCUAUCAAGGUUGCUCGUCAAAUUUUCCAGCGCAUGAAGGCAUACGUUCAAUACCGUAUCGCUCUCUGCUUGCACUUGGAACUCUACCUCACCACCUCCAUGAUCAUCAUCAACGAGACCAUCCGUACCGACUUGGUUGUCUUCUUGGCCUUGUUCGCCGAUCUUGCCACCAUUGCGGUUGCCUACGACAACGCCCACUACGAACCUCGCCCUGUCGAGUGGCAAUUGCCCAAGAUCUGGGUGAUCUCAGUCAUUCUCGGAACCCUGCUUGCCAUUUCCACCUGGAUCAUGCGUGGUACUUUCUACCUGCCCAACGGUGGUCUGGUCCAGAACUUUGGCAACAUUCAACUUAUGCUCUUCUUGCAAGUCUCACUGGUUGAGAACUGGCUUAUUUUCGUUACCCGUGGUGGACAGACGUGGCCAUCCUGGAAAUUGGUUGCUGCCAUCUUCAUCGUCGAUGUCCUUUCCACACUUUUCUGUGUCUUCGGCUGGCUUUCUGGCGCCAAACACGAAAACUACACCGUUCCCCAUAACAGCUACUUGGAACACCACUGGAGUAUCCAAACCUCCAUCGUCACCGUCGUCGUCAUCUGGUGUUACUCGAUUGGUGUUACGAUCGUGGUUGCUAUCGUCUACUACCUCCUCACCAGCAUGCAAUGGAUUGACAACCUCGGCCGUGCCACGCGCAGCCAUGCCGACACUACUAUGGAGAACAUUCUUGGACACCUUGGUCGCGUCGCCCUCGAGCACGAGACUGAUGUCCACGGCAAGUCCAAAUGGGUGUUGGGUUCCAGAGCGACUGGUGAAGAAGAAGACGAGUAA